GCAUAUGUUGACAAUAACCUGGUCGGGAGCGGAAAGGUCUCCAAAGCUGCGAUCAUAGGGCAAAGUGGUGGUGUAUGGGCAACAUCGCCUGGUUACAAUCUCUCUCCAGCAGAACAGAAGGCCAUCGUGAAUGCAUUCACCAACCCUGCGGAGACGCAAGCGAAUGGUGUGCGUCUCGCCGGACAAAAGUUCUUUGUUCUGAGCGUAGACGUGCUUACCGGCCAAAUCUUGGGAAAGAAAGGGGCAAGUAGUUGUUUCAUUCGCCGGGCCGAUGGCUGUACCAUUAUCAAAACGAAGCAAGCCAUCCUCGUUACCGAGUACAAAGCACCAAUCCAACACCCGGAAUCUGUCCCCAUCGUGGUUUCUGUCGCAGAUUAUCUCAAGAGUGUAAACUACUAA